CGGCUGGAUGCCGCAACAGUCAGAACCGCAUAUCACCUCUCACCUGAUGAGAGAGGCUUUCCAAACUGCACCUGCCUCACCUCUUUGUCCAUUGUCAGAGCUGGGGAGGGCGGCCAAUUCCCCCCCUGUAAGUGUAUGUUUGAGUGAGGGUGAAUGGGGGCAGUGGAAAGAUGGAUCAUGUUUGAGAGGUAUAUUAAGUCAUAUUAGGCAGGGAAGAUGGUUUUUUUUUUUGGUUUUUUUUAAAGGAGGAAAUUGCAGGAAGACAAACAUUGAAAAUUGAGUUUGGCAAGAUGUGGAGUUUUGUGUGAAGUGGGUGACUGUUUUGGAAAGGAAACGAUGAGGGCAAAGGAGGAGGAGGAAAUGGGGGGAGGCGGGAGGUCUGCAGGGACAAAGAGAAGCUGGCCAGGUGUACUGAGACUCAGUCAUGACCGCAGCUCCAUGCCGAUAGCUACGACUAGGGAGCAGACUGAGUGAGGAGUCGUCAAGGGACACAGGAUGGUGAGGUGCUGGAAACAUUCAGAUAACCGUUUGGAGGAAGCACAGUGCACGGAUGGGGGCUCUGCUGCGUCCUCCCAGUCCCACUUUCCACACAAGGCAUUCUGGGUCAGCCUCUCAGCCUCUCUGCUCCUGGUCAUUGUUGCCCUCGGCUUGACGGGGCACCUGGGGCUGUCGCAGCCUCACUCCCGGUCUUCACAGAUCGUCCGUAUCACAGUCCCAGAUCAGACUGGAGUUCUGAUCAACCAGUCAGCCGUUGUGGACCAGCAGAAUGACCUGGUGACCUUCUCUGUGACAUCAACAGAAAAUCGGACGUCCACUGUGCUCUUUGAUAUCAAACAUGGUUUGAUAUGUUACAAACCUGUGGACCAGGAGAGCUGCUUCCUGCAAAAGAUGGAGGAGUCUGACUACGACAACGUGCACUCCCUCCUCCAGGAGUCGACACACAAGCAGAGUCAGUUCCAGCUGUCCGGGAAUGAGACCCAGAGGCAGACGGAGUUCCUGGGAGUGCUUGCAGCCAGUCAGGUGGAUGUGUCCACGCUGGAGGAGCCACUCCAGGCUCUGUGUCAGGAGAGGUCUGUCCUCUGGACCAGGAGAGCCGAUGGCCCGGGCAAACAGAGGCUGGUCUACUUCUGCAUCGACAUCUGCUUUCCCAGCAACAUCUGCGUGUCCGUCUGUUUCUACUACCUACCAGAGUGACUGUAUAUUCUUCUUCUUCUCUUCCUCCUCCCAGCAAAAGAUCAGGGAAACAAAGUUGUCUUUUUAGCUCCCUCUUCAAGAAAAAAAAAAAAGUCAGAACAAAAGCCAGCUUUGACUGUUUCCUUUGUGCCAUACAGCCGCCAGUAAACCAGUGAAGCAGCCAACCCUCCCAGUCCAUUUCCAUCCUUCCUGAGAGAGAAGAGAUGGAGACAGGCUGUCAUAGUUAUUGCCAAAGCCCCAUCGUCACUCUGUUCAUGUGUAAUACCCUCUCUGGUGGCACACUUCAGAGAUUACAGAAGAAAGAUCCCCUUUUUUGUAUGUGCCUCUAACUGUUUUUCCUGUAACCCUCUGCUGCAGUGUAAUUAUGUGUAACCAUUUCUGUUGCAAUGAGUGUUUGGAUCUGUCUAAUAAAAAAAGACGUGUACUUUUCGCACAAUUUUCCUUCCUUAGACUGAAAAAAAACUCUUUACUCGUCUUUACUGUGGAAUCACUUUCUGUACAUCAUUUUCUCUUUAAUUUACCAUGUGAUCAUAAAGAAUAGUACAACUUAUCUCUGAAUUAAGAGAAUCUAAUAAAAUAUACACGUCACACACACAAUACAUAAUGUGGUCCUUACGAUUACAAUAAAUUUGAAGUUGAAGGGAUCUCCUGUCGUCCACAGAGUCAUGACGUUAAAAACAAAAAGGUACCUGAUGAAUAUUAUCAUGUACUUUAAUCAGACUUAUACCAGUUUCUAUACUGUUGGUACAGGUGUUUUCCCGUACAAGUGUUUAAACUUGGGGCAAAAUGGUGUGCUGUUCCUUUAAGCUGGCCUUGCUCCGAUGCUGAAUUCCUCCGGCUGGCACAGAGCAUUGUGGACAUCACGGGACAAACAGACGAGAUUCAUCGUAAUGUUCAAACACAAGCCUCCCCUUUUUCCAAGAUGAUCAUUUCUGGGAAUUUU